GGAGCAUGUGGACUUUUUACGUUUCAUGUGGUGGCCUCAAGGUAAUCUAGAACAAGACCUUGAGGAAUACUGCAUGACUGUCCACUUAUUUGGUGCAGUCUCCUCACCGAGCUGUGCUUGCUAUGCUCUUAGAAAGACUGCUGAGGAUAAUCAUUCAAACUUCUCAGCAGAUGUUGUAUUAACAGUCAACAAAAACUUUUACAUGGAUGACCUCUUAAAGAGUCUGCCAUCAGAGGAAAGUGCAGUUACCAUGGCCGAAGAUCUUAUAGCUAUUUGCAGUAGAGGAGGGUUUACGCUAACCCAAUGGAUUAGUAACAGCCGAGAAGUGCUCCAAUGUAUCCCAGGAGAGCUCAGGUCCCAGACUCUUUGUGAGUUGAAUCUAGACAGUGAUGAGCUACCACUAGACAGAGCACUAGGUUUACAAUGGUGCACAGAGACAGACAGUUUUAAGUUCAAGCUGAAGGUCAAAGAAAAACCUUCCACUAAAAGAGGUAUGUUGUCAACCAUCAGCUCCAUUUAUGAUCCGCUAGGAUUCCUAGCACCUCUCGUUCUUCCUGCCAAACUGCUGUUACAAGAGUUAUGCAGGAUGAAAUGGGGCUGGGAUGAUCCUAUACCUCUAAUCUUCCAAAAACAGUGGAACCAGUGGCUGACUGACUUGGAAAAAUUGGCUGAUUUCCAAGUCAGCAGAUGUAUCAAACCUGACGGGUUUGGAGAAGUCAUUAAUGCCCAGUUACACCACUUCUCUGAUGCUAGUGAGAGUGGAUAUGGUACAGCUACAUAUGUCAGAAUGCAGAACAGCAACAAGAG